GCUUGCUUUGCUUGCGAGAACUGAGUCUCUUCUAGCUGUUAAAAGAUCUGACUUGACAAGAGCAGAUAUAACACAAAGGAUAUCGGAAUUCAAGAAAGUGGCAGCCUGUUCUUGUACACAUUACAGAGCUGAGGCCGACACCAUACAGAAAGAGGUUCUUAAAUUAAUCUUCAAUAAAAUAUCAAGAACUUAUUUCUUUCCUCCAAACAACCAGAUUGUUCUUAAACAUGAACAAAACAAAGACUAAAGAAUUAGAAGCUGCAUGUCAACCAGCAUCAAACUCAUUAAAGCAAGACAACAUAGUCAGCAUCCAACCUUCACAAGAUAAGUUAAAUGUACCUACGGACAUCAAGUUGAACCUACUACUUGUGGGAUGUAAGGGCAAUGGCAAGAGCCACACAGGUAACAUCAUCCUGGGACAGGAGGCCUUCAAAGUCACCAGGAAAGGAGGAACAGAGAAGUCCAGCCUGGGCAGCAGCAGCCAUGAGGUUGAUGGAGUCAGUAUUGAUGUGACAGUAGUCGACACCCCUGGCAUCACCCAAAGGACGGCAGUAGAGGAUGAACCUGGAGUAUCCAAAGGAGGGAAACUAGGGAUGACAGAGUAUGAGUUUGAGGAGCUGGUUCGAGCUGUGAAGAUGGUUCCUGAGGGUUUUGAUGCCAUCUGUCUGGUCUGGGACUACAACAACUCCGAGAGGAAUGAAGACAAGGAGGUCCAAGUGUUCCAGUCCCUCCACAGGCUGUUUGGUGAUGGACUGUACGAGCAUCUUGUCAUCGUGGUCACACAUGCUCAAGAGGAGGACAUUCCAGAGUUUUUGACCACGUUGCCUGACUCCAUGAAGAGCAUUACAAAGUACUGCCCAGACAGAGUGACUGUCACAGGAACUAUGAUUGAUGUAAUUUCAAAACUGUCCAGUACAUUGGGGGCUUCAAGGUUUACUCUUGCUGACCUCUCUUCAGUCUGUAAAAUGCCACAACUUGGUGAAAAGGAAAAAGAUGAAAUUCACUUGCUGCUUGUGGGCAAAACAGGGGUUGGUAAGAGUCGGACAGGAAACAGCAUUGCUGGCACUAAUACUUUCACAGUUUCAGACACUACUGUAUCCAAAACAGACACCUGUGAACAGUUCAGAGGGAAAGCAAAGACCAGUUAA